AUGUAUCAGCUUUCCUUAAUUUUUGAUUCCAAGGUGAGAGCCCCUCUCCCACCUCCCAAAAACCUUCUCAGUGGAUCCUUCUGGUCCCCGCCCCCCCGUGGCGCCUGCUCCAGUCGCCAUGUUGGAUCCCGCGUCCUAGGCCUGGCCUCGUCCACGGUAGGAUCUUGCGCUUCUGAUGGCCGUUUGGUGGGAAGCCACGCGGGGCCAGCCCGGAGUUGGCAGAGGCUGCACCAAGGCAUGGAAUCCACGGCUGUGGACUUGGUCAGCACCGGCACCUGGGUCUGUGCUCACCGGAGCCACUGUCAGUGCGUGCGGCUGGGCCACUGUCCGUCAGCCCACGUUGGGGCGCCCAUGAGUCCCAAACACCUCUCAUAUCGAUCCUCUUCUCUCAGUCUCUCAAACUGCGGCAGGCUUUUACUUGACACGCAGAAUUACGAAACUGCAGUCUUUAAUCCCCCUUUAUCAAAAAACCAAGGUAACUGUGAGUGGGCACUGUUUAAGGACUUGCCGGUCACUCUGUGUAAGCAGAGAACAAUGCACUACAUUACUGAGCCUCCUGCCCUCCCUGUUGGCCCCAUGCUCUGCAGAGCUCUGGGCCUCUGUGCCCUAUGCGUCCUGGCUGGGGCUUUGCCCUUGCCAGACCUAGAAUUGGUCACUUACCUACCUGAAUUGGUCAGCAUUAUAAAUGAGCUGAAACCUGAUAUAAACACAAACAGAGACAACGAUUCAACUGCUGGUGAAUCCCAGACCCGUGGCCCAGAGACCAGCACAGACAUAUCCCAGGAGGACACACAGACUUUGAAGACUGUCACAGAUGAAGAUUCAAAUGCUGGUGUAUCCCAGACCCACGGCCCAGAGUCCACCGGAGACAUAUCCCAGGAGGACACACAGACCUUGAAGCCUGUCAUAGUUGAACAUUCAACUGCUGGUGUAUCCCAGACCCACAGCCCAGAGUCCACCGGAGACAUAUCCCAGGAAGACACACAGACUUUGAAGCCUGUCAUAGAUGAAGAUUCAAGUGCUGGUGUAUCCCAGACCCAUGGCCCAGAGUCCACCGGAGACAUAUCCCAGGAGGACACACAGACUUUCAAGCCUGUCAUAGAUGAACAUUCAACUGCUGGUGUAUCCCAGACUCAUGGCCCAGAGUCCACCAGAGACAUAUCCCAGGAGGACACACAGACUUUAAAGCCUGUCAUAGAUGAACAUUCAACUGCUGGCAUAUCCCAGACCCACAGCCCAGAGUUCACCAGAAACAUAUCCCAGGAAGACACGCAGACUUUGAAGCCUGUCAUAGAUGAAGAUUCAAGUGCUGGUGAAUCCCAGACACACAGCCCAGAAUCCACCAGAGACAUAUCCCAGGAGGACACACAGACUUUGAAGUUCUUUACUGCCUUGGAUGUGUCUACCUUUGAUUCUGUGGAAGAAGCCAAUGAGGCCACAGGUUAA